UUUACGUGCACCCACGCCCACACCCUCGUAAUAAACGGGUGGCCUGGAGAAGAUUCGCUCAGGCCCUCGGAAGUGGGUGUCUCAAGUUCAAUAUAUUUACUGGCGAUUAGGAGCUUCGGCAGGCCGUCCGCAUCGCCCGCCGCAGCUCCGCCAUUGAUGGCCAUCGUCACCGCCGCCGCUGCCGCCUACCGCACCUCCAUUCUAUCGGCGGCGGUACCGGCCUCCGAAGACCUGUCCCCCUCUGUCCCGUCGCCGCGCCAGACCAAGGUGGUGCUCCCCAAGAAGAAGCCCCUCAAGUGGUCCACCGGCGUCGCUCCGGGGGAGUACGGCGGCCCGCCGACGACCACGAAGCUUCGGAAGUACUGGGGUGGCCGCGGCGACGAGGAUCCCGUCACCGCCACCGACGAUUUCAUUUGGAACAAGGACUUCCUCGGCCGCAUGCAGCGCCUCCUCCGAGAAGACAAAGCCACCCCCAAUUUGCCUCCUCCUGUGAAGGAGCAAAGCUCGGGCUUUUUGAGCCUUAAUCGAGCCAUGAGCCUUGAUAGUGUGGAAAUUGAUCUGAGUAAAGAGCUGAGGCCGCCGCCGACGCCGGUAUUGGAGCAGCAGGUGGAGGCUGCAAGGCGUGGCAUCUCUGCCAUUGAAAGCCUGAAUGAUGCUUCAUCUCCAAAAUGGAGGUUUGUGCCAACAAGGAGGGAGCAAGCAAAGUGGGACCGUGCAAGUAAGGCCGCCACCGGAGGCAGUGAUGUUGUGUUACGGGAAUCAAGGAGGGAGAGAGGGGAUCCCAAGAUAUUGGCAGCUCAGGCAACGGAACAGUAUCUCAAGCUAAAACAGAAGCUGCAACUCCUCACUUUGGGUAUUGGUGGCAUUGGUGUAGUCUCAGCAUACCUUUCUUACUCUCCCGAAACUGCAGCUAGCUAUGGUGCAGGGCUGCUUGGUUCUUUGGUGUACAUACGUUUGCUUGGCAAUAGUGUAGAUUCCAUGGCAUCUGGGGCUAAAGGGAUGGUCAAGGGUGCAAUUGGGCAACCAAGGCUACUGGUUCCAGUGGCACUUGUCAUGAUAUACAAUAGAUGGAAUGGGAUAUUAGUUCCAGAUCACGGCUUCAUGCACCUGGAGCUGAUACCGAUGCUUGUCGGGUUUUUCACCUAUAAGGCUGCCACUUUUGUCCAAGCUAUGCAGGAGGCUGUGAAUGUGGAUGUAGUUGAGAAGCCCCAAGUUUGAAUAUUAGUUUUUCCAUACGAGAGGCAUCUUGCAUUGAGAAUUGACUGACUAUGUGCGCAUAAAUGGUGAGAAUCUAGUUAUGUGGUCAUAUUGGCAGACAUCUGGGAUGGUGAUGUAUACAUGCUGAAUUUAUUAGUGGUGUAUCAUCUAAACCACAUUCUAACUCAUGCAGGUUUAGAUAUUCAUGAAUAAGGAGGAACUGAUUUUAUAGGUAGAGAAUCAUGGAGAGAAUAACUGAGAAAUUUUGAAGGGUUCUGAUGUCUCACAGAUCAUUUUCUGGGUUAUGGAGAAGGUUAACACUUGGACACAAAGAAGGAAUUUAUUUCAGUUCACUGUAAUUGUACUAUAUUAAUUGAAUGCACUCGAACUGUCCCAGACUGGGGGCCAAAAAGAGAAGUGUAUGGUCAUCAGAAUGCUCACGAACAAUGUAUCUGCUGUAUCUUGAUAGUUGAAUUUGGAACACGUCCUAAGAAGCUAAUUAUCUGCAACAUCUACAGAUUGCAGACAUGCAGCAAGUAAUUGUUAUCUUUUGAGAAGAUAAGAUUAUGUUCGACACGCACUUGGGUGCUCUA